UGUGAUGAUGAAGUCUUGGAAAGGGUGAGCUGUCAUAACUGCAGCAUAUGGACUCUAAACUCUUUAAAAACAGAAAUGGGCUGUUCAGACACCGGCACCGACAACCUCCCGUGUGUGUUCACUUCAGCCCAUGAUAAAGAAUAAAGUCGUGUUUAAAGGAGAAACUGAUCAGGGGAUGGAGGCACACAGUUCAGGGCUCAGCAGGAAGAGGAAGAGAGAGGAGUUGAAUGGAGAGAUUAAGGAUGGAGAAUGUGUCAAAAAAAUUCCACGAAGGACUUCGGGCCCUAGGGAUCCCGCGCCAUUCGCUGAUGAGGUGGAGGCUGCAAAAACACCAUAUGUUCGCAUUAGCAUGGAAGAGGCUCAGCGUGGAACUCCGGAGGAUCGUCCUGUGCGUGUGUAUGCUGAUGGGAUUUUUGACAUGUUCCAUUCAGGACACGCUCGCGCUUUGAUGCAGGCCAAGUGCCUUUUCCCCAACACGCAUCUCAUCGUAGGUGUGUGCAGCGAUGAUUUGACACAUACAUUUAAGGGCUUCACUGUUAUGAAUGAGGACGAACGUUACGAUGCUGUGAGUCACUGUCGUUAUGUUGAUGAGGUGGUCCGGAACGCUCCGUGGACAUUGACAUCUGAAUUUCUGGCGGAGCACAGAAUAGACUUUGUCGCCCAUGACGACAUCCCAUACAUCUCUGCGGGAAGUGAUGAUGUUUACAAACAUAUAAAAGAUGCAGGCAUGUUUGCACCAACCGAGAGAACAGAGGGCAUCUCCACGUCUGACAUAAUCACACGCAUCGUGCGCGACUAUGACGUUUAUGUGCGACGAAACCUGCAGAGAGGCUACACUGCCAAAGAGCUCAAUGUCAGCUUCAUCAAUGAGAAGAAGUACCACCUGCAGGAGCAUGUGGAUAAGGUGAAGCAGAAGGUGCGGGAUGUGGAGGAGAAGAGUAAAGAGUUUGUACAGAAAGUGGAGGAGAAGGGCAUCGACCUCAUUCAGAAAUGGGAGGAGAAGUCACGCGAGUUCAUUGGGAACUUCCUGCAGAUGUUUGGCCCAGACGGGGCACUGAAGCAUAUGUUGAAGGAGGGGAAAGGACGGAUGUUACAAGCCAUAAGUCCCAGACAAAGCCCCAACAGCAGUCCCGUACGUGAGGAGCGCUCUCCUUCCCCCAUCUUCCAUCUUCCCUUCUUUAACAAAACCUCUUCACCGUUCCAUUCACCUCCUGCUCACCACAGCAGCACAAACUUCAGCAAGGAUGAGGAGGACUAGGACACAUUCAUCUCACAA